AUGUCCAGAGUGACAGCUUUUAGGGACACAGACCUUCGCUCCCUGCUAAGGGAGUUGCGGACUGAUAUUGCUAUGGCUGUAGACGACCCUUUCCCUCUCGUCUAUGGUUUGGCAGACAAAAACAUCAUCACUGACCAAUUACUAAAGGACACUCUGGAGAAGGAAGGCCGAGAAGGGAUCCACAAGGCCACAUAUUCGCUCCUGUCCUGGGUCCUGGAGCAGAGCAGAUCCACCAUCCAGGCUUUCUGGAGCAACUUGUCCAAAGACUACAACCUGGACAGCUACCCCAAGCUGCGGUCACUGCUCACUAACCUGCACUCGAAGCGGGAUGCUGCAGGCUCUAGAAGUGAGAAGAGAUCCUCUGGAGGCAACAAAACACCUCAAAUCAAGAAGAGGAGCCACGAAGACAGAGGGACCAAUUCACACAAUAAGCAUCCACAGUAUCAUGCCAAGACAAGCAAUGGACCAGGGGGUAAAGUGAGACUGUACAGAGUGAAGACUGAAGCUCCAGCCCCCCAGCUACCACCUGGAAAUAGUGUUCAGGUGCAGUCCUCCUCGGUCCAGAGACCAGUCGCCCUGUCUUCCUCCUCCUCUGCCGCCUCAACUGAGCCGCCAGUCAGCCAUGAAGCCAGAGAGAAGAUCCGUAUCAAGCAGGUGGUUGGCUCAGAUAGAACUGCCAGAAAGUGUAUAAAAGUUGUUGGGGACUUUCACUCUUGUGGUCAGUCAGAGAUAAAUGGAGAGUCCAAAUCCAAAGCUGCUGAGAACACAUUUCACCACAAGGUGGAGACAACCACAGGCAUGGUAUCUCUGAGUGUGCAGGUUCACUAUAAUGAUGAUGAGUGUGCAGUGUGUAGGGACGGAGGGGAGCUGAUUUGUUGUGAUGGCUGUCCUCGAGCUUUUCAUCUGACCUGCCUCGACCCUCCACUCACAUCUAUACCAAGUGGACCUUGGCAGUGUGAGCGGUGCUCUGGCAACACAGUAAAAAGAGAGAAACCCCAACUACCUUUACAACCUCAGCAAACAAACACGAGCAGCAGUAAUUCCAUCUCCUCCGUCUCCUUCUUCUCCUCGCUGUCAGCCUCGUCCCUCACCAGUGCCACGGCUUCUAUGAACGGGCCCAGUGGCAGACAUCAGUGCUCAGGUGGAGAGAUGGUCAACUUGAGGGAGGUGUGUGGCGUUUGUCAUUUAGCAGGAGCAGACCUGACUCACUGCCUCCAGUGUUUUAAGUAUUUCCACGCACACUGCCACUUCUCCAAAGGGAGAUCCAUAUGCUUGUCCUGCUCCAGGCCCUGGGGCAGCUCUGCAGAGAAGGAGACUGAUCCUUACAGGUGUAUCGCCCCAGUGGUUCAAAAUAUACUCAGUCAUGAUCAGAGCUCCUCUGUCCCUGAGCCCAUUCUCCAUAAAGAUGAACUGGACUCCAUCCUGGGAGAUGGCUCCAUCGAUGGCAUCUUGCAGUGGGCUUUCCACAACAUCUCUCGGCCUCUUCCAGACUCUCAAGGAUGCUACCAGUAACAGACAGACGAUCAGCCCUGCACUCAUGCAUGAGCGUUCAGUUAUACAUAACCAUGAUGAAAUGACCAUAGACAAUUAACAGAGAUUACUGAAUUAUUUUUUUGUUUCAUGCUGCACCUGCACACAUGCUGUAAAUGUCUAGGAGUGGUUGAUUUUAGAUUGAACAUGGGAUUAUUUGGUUUAAUAUUUCUAUAUAAUAAAAGUAAAAACAUUGCAUCUUUUUAAACUACAGAAUUUAAAAAAUGUGUUCAAACAUUAGAACUGAACUCAUCACAGAGGCUUUUACUCUAAAACACACCAUUUUGGUUCACGUUGCAUUGGAUUGGAAUUAAAACUGUGAAUUUGUUCAGUUUUUUAUAACAUUAUGCAAAGAUGAGUAAUGCAAAAUGUCUCUACUACUUAGCUUAGCCACAUUUCACACCAGCACACAGCAAAUUUAAAUCAGACACUUAAAUCAACUAUGUUUUUGAAAUGUUUGAGUGUCUAUUGUAAUGUGUAAAUUAGCAGGUCCCUUCUGACUCUCUGUCCCCUGCCCUCUGUGCAAUAUAUAUGUACCCUGUUACCUCCAUGUUCACAUUAAGUCCAAUGCAUUUAGCAAUCCUACGCUGGAAUAAUUCUUCAUUUGUGUUAGUUUGCAGAACUUUUACUGAACACAAUUUCAUUUAGGAACAUGCACCAUGUGAGCACUGUAUAAACAAAAAUAA